AUCUCCUAAUUCCGCCCAGCACAGCGUCCGCGUGCUUCUCAUACAAUUUACUCUGCAGAGCUUGUGGUCCUCAGCCGGCUUCUGGUUGAGGUGGCGCUGCAGAGUGGAUCAGUCCCACAAAGUUUGACUUCCUGACCUCUGCCCAGAAAAGACCAAGGAACGCACUCUUCAGAUAGACCAGGACUCCGCCGACUUCCAAUAAUUAGUCUUGGACCAAGAUCUUGGAGUUUUAAACAAGUGAGCGGCCCCAGAAGAACAGAUCCGGGUUGCCGGCGAUUGCGCUCGCCAUGGCUGCGCCCGCCCGCCGUCUGUGUCACAUCGCCUUCCAUGUGCCAACUGGGCAGCCCCUAGCGAGGGACCUACGCCGCCUCUUCGGCUUCCAGCCCCUGGCGGUGCGGGAAGAAGGCGGCUGGAGACAGAUGGCCCUGCGCAGCGGGGACGCCGUCUUUCUAGUGAAUGAGGGUACCGGGCCGCGGGAGCCACUGUACGGCCUGGACCCGCAUCAUUCGGUGCCCAGCGCCACGAACCUGUGCUUCGACGUGGAGGAUGUGGACGGCGCCGCCCGCGCGCUGGCGGCUCGCGGCUGCAUCAUGCCGGUACCACCCACUAGGGUGAGAGAUGCACAGGGCACAGCCGCCUACACAGUGGUCAGCUCUCCGGCUGGUAAUCUAAGCCUUACGUUGCUGCAGCGUGCAGGCUAUCGCGGCUCCUUCCUGCCCGGGUUCAGACCUCUGCCUGGCACACCUGGCCCCGGCUGGAUCAGCCACGUAGACCACUUGACCUUGGCCUGCACCUCCGGCAGCUCCCCUACACUCAUGCGCUGGUUCCACGACUGCCUAGGGUUUCAUCACUUGCCGCUGAGCCCAGGUGAGGAUCCGGAGCGGGGCCUCAAGGUGGCUGCAGGGUCUGGGCGAGGGGGGCUACGGCUUACUGCCUUGCAGACUCCGUCGAAUUGUACUGUCCCCACCCUCGUGCUGGCAGAGUCCCUUCCUGGACUCACCAGCAAACAGGACCAGGUAGAGCAGUUUCUAACCCGACACGGGGGGCCAGGCCUACAGCACGUAGGACUGUACACUCCUAACAUCAUAGAUGCUUCUGAAGGAAUGGCAAAGGCGGGAGGCCGGCUCCUGACUCCUCCUGAAGCUUAUUACCAGCAGCCUGGCAAAGAGGAACAAAUCUUAUCAGCAGGGCACAAGCCUAGCCUUCUAGAACGGCAGGGAAUCCUACUAGAUGGUGAUAAAGACAAGUUUUUGCUUCAGGUCUUCACCAAGUCCCUCUUCGCUGAGGAUACUUUCUUCCUGGAGCUGAUUCAGAGACAGGGGGCCACAGGCUUUGGCCAGAACAACAUCCGUGCACUGUGGCAGUCGGUGCAAGAGGAAGCCGCCAGGGCCCAGGGAGCCUAACGCUGGCUGGAACUGGAGUUGCUCUUGUCCUUGGUGCUCUGAGGCGGCCAGCACAGGCCUGCUGGAACGGACCACACCUCCACAGAACUAAUUACACCCGGAUAGAAAGACUGUCAUCCCUCAGGGCCAGCCAGGUGUGAUCUUCAUCCCAACAGUACCUGAGAUGGGAUUUAAAAUUGCAAGAACCCCUAAACCGUCUAACGCCUCUAGGUAAUAAAGGACACAAUCACACUCCUAA